ACAGUUACUCGCCUCUUCUUCUUUUUUCUGCACAGAAAGCGAAGCUUCUCUUUUCCAUCAUUAAUACUAUUACUCACUCUCUUGCAGAUUUAGUCUCUCACCAUUUAUUCCUUCGUCAUUCUUCUCUCAUUCUACAAUUCUUUAAACACAACAUACAUCUAAACAGGAGAGGCCAAAGGAAGAAGAAACAAAGUGAUUAGGAGAGAAUUUGAUAUGGAAAACUUUGAUCUUGAGGACCCAUUGAAGAGCUUGGAAGAACAUCAAUCUGAUACAGUUCCAGCUCUCUUCUCGUCGGAAUCUGAUCACAUGCCUUCUCACAACUACUUGCAUUGUUUAAAGACCAGUGACUCCCAUGUUUCUUUCCGGCAGGAAGCCAUUUCUCUCAUUUUGCAGGUACCCCAUACCGUUCUCCUUGUAAUGUUGUUUACUGUUCUUGUCUUUUAUCUUCUUGCAUUUUGUUGUAAACUUGUUUUAGUUUGUCAGGCGCAGUAUUCCUGUAACCUUGACCCCUACACGCAAUACCUGGCUAUCAACUACAUGGAUCGCUUCAUCUCUUGGCAAGGAAUCCCGCAAGGUAAUCUAUGGGUUGUGAGGCUCCUUGUGAUAGCUUGCAUUUCUCUGGCUGUGAAGAUGAAGGAAAUACAUUUCUCCUUCUCUGAUUUCCAGAGGGAAGAAAGAUUUAUAUUUGAUCCCCCAGCUAUCCAACGAAUGGAGCUUCUGGUUCUGGAUGCCUUGAAUUGGCGAAUGAGAUCAAUAACACCCUUCUCCUUUAUUACUUUCUAUGUAUCUUUGUUCGAACUGAAAGAUCCACCUUUGUCACAAGCAUUAAAAGACAGAGCAACUAAUAUAAUCUUCCAAGCUCGUAAUGAAAUCAGUCUGUUAGAGUUCAAGCCAUCAAUAACUGCAGCGUCAGCUCUUCUUCUGGCAUGUCAUGAGCUAUUUCCGUUGCAGUUUCCAUCUUUCGAAACCUCAAUUUUAUCUUGUGAAUACGUGAAUAAAGAGAUGGUGCUGAAAUGCUUUGAUGCAAUGCAAGAAAUGGUGAAUAACGAAGUGAGCGAAUCGAUGGUAGAUGUGGUGACAAGCUCAAGCACAAGAACCCCAAUAAGUGUUUUGGACUGCCACUGCAACAAAUCAGAAAGCGAGAGUACUAUCAACAGCACCGCGGCAGCCACCGUAACCCCCGAAAACCGAGAAAUCAAGCGUCGCAAAUUGAAUGGUUUUUGCAGAGAAAGUAAUAUGAUGAACAUUUCCCAGAUUCAACCAUGUGAAUAAGAGUUUCAGCUAGGAAAAGAGGGCCAUGAAUGGCACACUAUCACUAUUAAAGCCCCUCAUUUUCUUGCCCUUUUCUUUGAAUGGUAAAAAUUUUGAAAAAA